CUCCCUUUCUUCUUCCUGUUGAAAACUUGCAGUAGAAAUGAGUGAAAGAGCGAGAGGAGAUCUGAAGAAAUCUGAUCGAUCGUGCAUUAUUGAGAAGCGAGACGCUCAAAGAUCAAAAGUAAAAGGGAAAAUCUGUGGGUGUCCGUCCAAUUCCACAGAAGAAGCCUCCAACUUGAGGUACCUGACACCGCUUUCUCCUUUGCUUUACAGCCCACACAGCAGACAUCCUCUUUCUCUAUCUAUCUAUCUAUAUAUAUAUAUAUAUAUCUUACUUCUUCGAGUUCGUCCCCGCCGUCGAGCUUUUCCGACAUUUCGUUCGGAAAAUCUGCAAUCGGAUUUGCCUGGGGUUGUUCGGGAAGGGAGCGAAGAGACGAGGAGCUAGAAACAGGAAAUCACAUGUCAGGGAGAAGAGGAGGCGACCAUAUGAGGAAUGAUGAUUGCUUAAAAAGUGUUGAGUUAAAUUAUCGCUAGAUCAGGAAUGCCUGAGGCCGCCGAUCUAGAGGCGAUCGGAGGACCUUGUUCAUCAAUAACGACUUUGGGGCAGCUGGCAGCGCCUUGUUGAAACCCCAUUAGAUGUGUUUCGUUGAGCGGGCAUGUACAUAGAUGAUGAGCGAAUGAAGCAGCAUCGUUGUGAGUUCAAAUCCUCGUUCUGGAAAAGAUUGCAGAUAGUCCAAUUACAAGCACUUUGGUCUUGGAUACAAUCUCAUGGGAAUCAUUUCAUGCUUGGAUUAUGAAUAAUUGUGUUAUUAAUCAUUGAGGUAUGUAGUUGAUUCUCAUUAUCCUGACAUUGAUGUGUGUUGGAUCAUUAUAGUGUAGGGUGCACCCAGGGGCAGAGCUAGAAUCUUGGUUGAGUAUAGGCAACACUAUAAUAUAUAAUUCAUAAAAAGUAUAUAUAUAAUCGAAUAAUCAGUUCAAGGAUAUAAUGAUUCAAUUUUUUUAUAGUUUAUUUUGAUGCUAAUUAACAAUAAACUUCAAUGUGCGCUAAUGAAAAGUAUGAACCAUUGAGUUGAGAUUUGAGAGUCAAUAUAACUCUAGAUGUUGGAGGCUUGGAGUAUCUUCGUUUUUUUAUAUAUAUAUAGUAAUCCCAUACCCUUACAACCUGACUAUUCUUAGAGGUGGGCGGCCUCCCCCCUUGUUUGCCCACCAUGUAAAUCUGGAAGUGCUCGUAAUAGUGCGCCUAGUAAUCGACCUCCACAACUCGCCCCCUACUAUUGAGCCGCAUAGGCUAGUUAAAUGGUUUUACAAAACAUUGUGCACCACUUUGCACAUCUGCUAUGCCAAUUUGGCUUGUCAAUUGGUUUUACAGGACACUGUGCGCCACUUUGCACAGUCGUUAUGCCAAUUUGGCUUGUCAAUUGGUUUUACAAGACAUUGUGCACUGUCUUGCUAAGUCGCUUUGCCAAUUAAUAGCCUUAUUGCAUGCUCCAAGCUCCGUGAAUCCACUAAUCGUCUUUCUGCUGCACCUUAUUGCAUGCUCCAAGCUUUGUGAUGCUCUUUGAAUCCCCCAAUUAUCUUUCCGCGAUUCACUAAUCGUCUUUCUGCUGCACCUUAUUGCAUGCUCCAAGCUUUGUGAUGCUCUUUGAAUCCACCAAUUAUCUUUCUGCUGCACCGUGCCUCGGACAGACUUGGAGUAUCUUCACGAUGGUAUAAGAUCAAACUAAUAAAAAUGGGAAAAUUCGAAUUGAAAUAUGGGAAAAUUAUUAUUUUUCCUUUUGCAUAUAAAUCUUAUAUUGUUUUGGGGCACGUAGGUUAUUCCACCUAUGGUGGAUCAUGAUAUCAAGUCUGCCAACAUAUUGUUGGACCACUCUAUGGUGGCUAGAGUAUGAUUUUCUAUCAUUUUCAUGUAUUUGAUGCAAUAAUUAAAAGGCAAAUAUAUUAUUUGGACAACUAUAUGAUUUUUUUGGGGCACUCGCCAGCUAUGUUAUUUUUUCUGGGCCUAGGCCAGUUGCCCACACUGGGCCCAUGUAACCUCCGCUAUUGGGUGCACCCCGGGUAGAGGGGAAGGGUGAAUAGCCAUGACUUAAAAAUAAUUUUUUUUGCAAAGACCCCAGGUAGAGUCAAAUAAAAAGGUAGAUCCGCUACCUUAGCGGCCCCCCUAGUGCCGGCCCCACGGAUAUGGAGGGAGGUUCAUGCAGGUACACAGGCCAUAGGCGCAUGGCGGGGUAAACCCCAGGUCGUCAGUUCCUGAGAAUCGACCCCUGGUCAUUACGCUAGAGAUACCAUGCGCCCACCGUUUGCGCUACGCCCUGGGGGCAGGUAGAGUCAAAUAAAGGUGUUACUUCAUGUGAGGUGCUUCUGUGUGGGGUGGUUUGGGUUGAAUAUUGUUUGCUAUGCAAAUAAUAAAAAUAAUAAAACAAUAUUAACAUUAUUAGUUUACAUGGUUCGUAUUCCACGAUUCAUAACUCAUUAGGUGAGUCACUCUUAAUCAAUCAACUACAGUUGCUCAUUUACAAGAGGCAAGCCUCCUUACAUUUCCAAUCCUUUUGGAUGAUUACAAAGAGUCUCUCAUCUUAAAUAGAAAUGAAAUUAUAAGCUUAUGGAGAAAAGAUUACUAAGGACUUGUUGAAAAAACCUUCAACUUGAUUCCCAAUCCCUUGGAGAGUAGUUUCACUCAAGCACUAGAUCACGAUAAAAUCUCAUAUAUUUUAAUGCACCCUUAACCACUCAAGAAACCUCUAAGGCUUAAAUAAAAGUUGUUCUAGUGGUUCUAAGGCUUAUAAAAAGUUGCUCCAAAUGGUUUUAUUUUGCUUGCCUCCAAUUGAUUGGAAAUGACUCUAGAAUACUACUUGGGCAGAUGAAAUCUUUGAACAACCAAUGAUUAUCUAGGGAGCCAAUAGCUCAUCCUUUAAUUGACUAUAUUGAACUUCUAGUCAACUGGUUGGCUAAAUUCAACUUUAGUUGAUUGUUGCUUAGAUAGAAAUAUUUUGUUCACCUAACUCUUGUGUUCAGUCAAUUUCUCAGUUAAAUGAACUCUAUAGUUAGCUAAGAUCAAUCUCUAGUCAACUAAAUUUAUUUAGAGACUCCUUCUUUACUCAGCUUACACCCUUGUUAGCCUAUGGGAAGUCUCAUGAUCAAGUUUAGCUACAAACUUCAGCUCAAGGCUUAAUUUCCGUCGAUCAAGUGCUUCACAAAAGCCACUAGGCAGCGUAAACCCUACUUUUGCACAUCAUUUUUGGUAAUGUUACUCAAAAGCAAAAACAUCAAAUGACACACUCUCUUGUAAUCUCUCAUAGCUCUUCAUUGCCCUGAAGCUCACCUCAUGUUAAACCCUCAGUCCCUUGGACUCUCUAAAUCAUCCUUCACCACUCACCUAUGAUCCAACUCGCUUCCUGCCACCUCAAAGUACACCUAGAGUCAGUCUCUUGGUUUCUUGAACACACCAAGCUCUCUAAACUCCCAUGUCAUUCUUCUCCCCUCACAUUCUGAGUUCAUCUCUUAUCAAGCGAUCAACCAUCAAACCAUCCACAAUCAAACAAGUUGACUGCGUUGAGUCACCAAACUUUCUGACCUUUUAUUUCAUUGUUUCAAGUCUCUGCACACUUGAUGCACAUGUCAGCAACACAACUCAAAGCUAACUUUAAUGGUUUGCCAAAUACAUCAAAAUAACUUGGUCGAACCCCACCGCUUGGGAGCAUCAUUGCACCAAUAAUUAGUUGUUGAUAAAAGAACUUUGAUUAUGGUGCACUUCUGAUAUCAUAUUAAUCAGUAAUAAGUUGAUUUUUUUAUAGUGUUCUGUUCUUGAAACGUUCUACAACGAUAAGUGUUUUGUUAACAUCAUCUACCAUAUUUGUAUCGAGAAGUCAUCAGUUCUAACUUUAUGCUCAACCAUGCAUGGAUUUGCUGCGUGAAUAUCUAUAGUUAAUAAAUAUAAGUUAGUAUAACUUCUACUUGCAUUCUUGUUUUUUUGUAUGAGCCAAGAGGUGUCUCCCAUUUGGGGCGAGAAUGAUAAGUUAAACCCCUCCUAGUAAUGCUAUUAUACAACUUCUAAUGAGGGCAACACAGUUACUUGCAGUCUUGUUUUACAUUAUCAAAUACUCAUCUUUGGUUUACUCUUACCCGUCUUGUUUAUUGUUUCAGCACUUCAUGUCAUGAUCAUUUUCUUUUAAUUUAAUUAUUUGGACAAUUAUAUUUGGUAGAUAGUUGUUUCAAAAUUAUUGCCCUUUGAGAUUUGAUUGACCUUUCAGGCAUGCGAAUGGACUGCAGAAAAGGUUCUAUAUGGUUUUAGAAUUUUUUUUUUUUGCCCUUGAACAAUCCUUUUGGUGUCGAUAACUAACAGAUGCUCAUUACAUGCUCGGCUAAAUGUCAAGAGAGGCUAAUUUUCAAAAAUUCGUUCCUCUGCACUGAAGUGGAUUCCUAUACCAGAUGUCAAGGACUCUUGCAGCAGCUCUAGGAGGUGCUGCAGGAGCCAUGACUGUUUUGGGGUUAACAGUUAUGUUUGUAUACUAUUGUUUCCUGCGUAAUAGGAGCAUCUCAAAAACAUCAGAGACAAAUUCUUCUGAUUCUUCUAUACAAGCAGGACAGAAUAUUGAGACAGCAGAAUUGCAUGGAACUCAAUGCUUUACACUUGAGGAGUUAAAUUUGGCUACAAAGAAUUUUGAUGAUAUCAAUCUGAUUGGCUAUGGCUUGUUUGGACAAGUGCACAAGGGUUUGCUUCAAAAUGGCAUUCUUGUAGCUAUAGAACGAAGGUCAUCUUCCCCAAGUCCACAAUUUAUUGAAGAGGUUCACUAUCGUUCUUCUAUUUGCCACAGAAAUCUUGUGAGCCUUUUAGGUUACUGCCAGGAGAAUGAUAUGCAGAUGCUUAUCUAUGAGUAUAUACCAAAUGGCAGUGUCUCAACUCGCUUAUAUGGUUCAAUUCAAUCUUCAAGUGGAAAAUUGGAAUUCAAGCACAGGCUUUCCAUUGCCCUUGGGGCAGCUAAAGGCAUGGUUCAUCUGCAUUCCCUGAAUCCACCUCUGAUUCACAUGAAUUUUAGUACAGUGAAGGUUCUUGUAGGUGAGGACUUGACACCCAAAGUUGCAGAUGCUGGUGUCCGUAGUUUACUUAAUCGUGUUGAUGGUGCUGCUUCGUGUUCAAGGAUGUCUGAAGAUGAUCCUUUCCUUGAUCCCGAAGUAUAUGAGUCUGGAAGAUUCUCUGUAAAGAGCGAUGUAUAUAGCUUUGGUGUGUUCCUUCUUGAGUUAGUAACCGGAAGAGAUGCUGCAUCUGAUAAAAGCAUCAUUCAUCAGGCGCAAAACUAUCAGGAUGGCAGUGAUAUCUCAAUCCCCAUCGAUAGCAGGAUGGGCAGCAACUUCUCCCCUGAAGGAAUGAGUUCAUUUGUGCGGCUAAUCGCAUGGUGUCUGAACUCACAAAGCGAGGAACGCCCAUCCAUGAGGUUCAUAGAACUGGAACUUUGCCGAAUUCACGAGAAAGAGCUGAGCUUGACUACCAUCAUGGGCGAAGGGACUACUACUGUGACCCUUGGAAGCCAGUUAUUCACUAGCUAAUGGAAACAAAUGGCUUUCUUUCAACUGUAUAUCACCUCAUUUACCAUUGUUGUGGAACUCCAUAUCUGUGAUCAGCUGCAAGAUGUGAAUAAGCCAUCAGCUGCAUAUUCAUUGAUUUCUUUUCUUUUGUUCUUUUUUUCAUAUAUAAUUGUAUAUCAUUGUUGUGGAUAGAGAUGUGAGUUUAUUAUGUGAUCAUUAAUGUGGUGGAACUUGGAGAAGAAUGAUUGCUUCUCUUUCUUUGUAAA